GCAUGUGGACGAUGAACUUGUUACCAGUUUGCGAGUUCUCACGCUUGUUAUCAACUCGUAUUACACCUGGCUACAAAGUGUCUGAAUAUAAUUACUUGAAUGCAUUAGAACUUAAUUCACUUAGUAUUUGGUGUCAAACGCAUUUGGUUAUGAAUAACUAAAAGCUUUGAAAAAAUGAAGGAAAUUUUACAAAUCAUUACCCUGGUUUUGACCAUUCUUUCCAUAAAUGGUUUGCCUAACUGUACCACAGAAAAUAUCAAUCCAACUUUAAUUCACAAUACAAUUGAGAUUUUGGACACCUUCUGUGAUUCGGAACAAUAUGGUUGGUACGUCAGCCCACCAUCACGAGAUGACAAGUGGUUCUUUUACUUUGACAAUUUGACUGACGUGACGAGUUCUUCGCAUGCAGAUGAGUUUUUCCGAAAUGUUUCGGAAACAUCAAAUUUCACACUUUCCAACUUUGGGGGCGUGGAUGGUGUCUGGGUUGCUUAUUACUCACAAAUUCCUCCAGACUUCAAGGAGCCUAAUCCAGUAAUAAUAUUGCCAAAAUCACACCUGCUAAGAAACAUGGAGAUGUUAUACUACAUUCAUAAAAAUGCCACCAUAAGAAUUGGUAAUACGGUAUUGAAACGGAGAUUAACAGACACCCAAGAGGAUCAGUGGAUGAGAUUUUACAAAGAGGGUGUUGGGAGUUUGACAAUUGAAUUGCUUCCCCAACAAGAAGGAGAAUUUGUUCUGAUAGAUCGAAUAGUUCUGAGACCACCUGAAGUCACCACCCCUUCAUCAGAACCUUCGUCAGAAAUUACAACAAACCCUACACCAGAACCCAGCAGCAGCACCACCACGUCAAAAAUACCUACCACUGAUUUCAUCGAUGAUGACGAAACGACCCCACCCGGACAUAGCGGUCAGGGGGCUCCGACACAUUUUUUUAGUCGUGUGCAGUCGUUGGCAUUGCUUUUACUUUAUUUAAUGUCAAACUUUGAUUGUAUCAAAAAUUAAGAUACUUUAAGAAUGUAUCCCAAUUGAAAAUGAAAAUUUUAUUCGUAUCCAAUAAAUGCACAUUCAUAAUUUGUGAGCAAUCUUAGGCUAACAUGCAAUAAGACUUGUUGUAUUUCGUUCCUAAAUGUGUCAUCAUUUUAUUUAAUCUCAAUUGUGUAAAUUUUACAAAUAGUAUGCAUAAAAUAGUAAAAUUAAGUUAAACGAACACCAUUCUAUACUUAAAACUGAAAUGCAAUGCCAUGAAAUGUUGGAGUGAUCAAUCGGAGAAUUUAAUUGUUUUUGCAUAAUUAUCGAAAUCCCCAAAUUGUGAAUAAUCUGCCGGGUGAGAAGUGAAAGAAAGCACAGAAUUUGUUGACCUGCUUCUCAGUUUUCACUCUCUCGUUUCUCCUCGACCCAUCCGCACGCGAAGACUUUUGCUGCUGCUGCUGCCGAGAAAUAUUGUUGUUUUCCCAUUUUCUCGUCGAUUUCGAAAGGUGGUCAAAAUGGUCGUGAAGAGUGAACCCGUCCACCCGGUGGAGCAAGAAUUGUUGCGCCGAAAACAUGCCGCGGCGGCUCGUCUGGCUGCUGCUUCAAAACCAAGAUCUUGCUUUGUUCGAGCAAUUUUGGGUUUUGUUGGACUUGUGACAACUAUCAUUCGGUUGAUUGUGCGCGUGUUUGUUUUCGUUUCCUUCUUUGGAACGAUGCUUCCAGUGAUUGCUGCAAUGUAUGUUGACAAGACCACUGUCAUCAACUUUGUGAAGGACUGUUUUGGACAAGAAUGGGCAGACUUGUAUGUUCCGAUUCACGAACGAAUCUUGGAGAAUUUGAAGAGUACUGGAAUUAACCAAGACCACAAGUUCAUCCCAAUUUUUCGUAAUGAUCCUCCGUUCUCAUGGCGUACUGUCUUUUCAACGAUGUGGCAGUACGUUUACGGCUGGUAUUGAAAAGCUCCUACAUGUUUCUCUAACAAAAUGAAGCCAUUUUAAAUUCCUAGUCUCCAAAUUUCAAAGUCAGUAUCCCGUAAAUUAUUCUGUCAUCAAUUAUACUAUUAUAAUAUGCUACCGAGAGUUUAUAUUGGCUUGCUCAUUAGCGGAUAAAUUGUACAAAUGUCUAAUAGUAAAUUUUGGAAUAAUGAAUAAAUUCAUCCUGAUUAAUCAAUCCUGUGUAAAAUGCAAUAUAAAGACUUA